AUGAACGCUGCGGUGAGUGGCGUGACAAGGAUUGCCGACGGCUGUAACCUGACGGGGGCCCCGUUGCGGAUUGUAUGGCCAGUGAUUGAGCGGGCGGGGGCGCCUGCGUACAGCUUUGCUGGGCGUGGGGGCCGGCACGUGCAGGAGCUGAGCACGAGCUGGGACGGUAACAAGCGCUGGCGGACGGGCGGCACGGGAGGCGCCUACGUUGACGGCGAGAGGGUGGGGCCACUGGGGGGCACUCUCGUGUCUGCGUCGGUUCCCGGCAGCACGACGGACGCGGGCGAUGGGGCGCGGGCCGAAGAAAUGCUGCUGCCGCCGCAGGAUGAGUUGGUGCACGUCCUUUUUGGGGGGCGGCGAAGCCGGUGCGGGAGGCGCAGGGAACGACGUGAUGCUGACGAACGUUUUGCUAUACAGCCGGCUGUUGAACACCACAGAGCUGAAGGCGCUCGUGGAGGAGAAGCCCGCCCCUCCAGUGACGACAGAAGCGCCGUCAACCACGGCUCCUCUGCAGGUCGCGAGCGACAGCUCCGUGCAUGGGUGUGUGGCUGCCUGUUUCUCUUCUGA